AAUGGAAAAUAGAUGGUUUAAUGGUCAACUAGGGAUGCAACCUGACAAUCAGCAGCAUGACAAUGAGGCAGAUGAGGCUUCUAUCCUUGAGGAUCUCACAGAGGACUUUCGCCUACCAAUUAGUCACAGACCAACAGAAAAUGUCGAUCUAGAAAAUGUUGAACAAGCACCAUUAGACAAACAGUUAACAUCAUCCAAUGUCGGAUUCAGGCUUCUUCAGAAAAUGGGGUGGAAAGGAAAGGGCCUUGGAAAAAAUGAGCAAGGCAUCAUCGAGCCAAUAAAGUCCGGGAUACGAGAUGCAAAAUUAGGGCUUGGAAAGCAAGAGGAAGAUGAUUAUUUUACAUAAGAAGAAAACAUCCAGCGAAAAAAGCUUGAUAUUGAGUUUGAGGAGACUGAAGAACUUGCAAAGAAACGGGAGGUAUGGAUUUA